AUGUUGCAGAACGUUGAUGCGCAUGCUCCAAAGCAUCCUUUCUCGCUUCCUUCUCUGCUGUUGCAGGUGUGGGUGCUUGUGGGGACGCUCUUAUGCGGACUGCAUCUCCUGGGGUUAGAGGCUUUCAAGGUGGGCAAACGCCCCAUGCGGACUCGAGCCUGCGCCGACCGGCCUGAGGAGCUCCUCGAACAGCUGUAUGGGAGGCUUACAGCGGGCAUGCUCAGUGCCUUCCACCACACCUUGCAGCUGGAGCCGCUGGAAAAAGAGCACAACAUCACUUGCCCGACGGGAAGCAGGUCAGCUGUGGAUAAGAAGUACCGCCUCCCCAUCAAUCUCAACAGUGUCUCCCCUUGGUCAUACAGAAUUUCCUAUGAUCCCACAAGGUAUCCAAAGUACAUUCCUGAAGCGUACUGUCUGUGUAAAGGCUGCCUUACUGGAGUUUACGGGGAAGAGAAUUUCCACUUUCGAAGCACCCCAGUGUACAUGCCAACGGUAAUCUUGCGCCGCACCACAUCCUGCACCGGAGGCCGCUAUAUUUACACUGAGGAUUAUGUCACUAUCCCCGUGGGCUGCACCUGCAUCCCAGAACACGAAAAAGAAGCAGAUGGUGUCAAUUCCAGUAUAGACAAGCAAGUGGCGAAACUCCCGGUGAAUCAGAAAGACAAGCCAGCAUCAGAAUGAAGAUGACAGGUGAAAACGUGCUGCUGAAGAGGGUUUGUUGUGCGAGACUCUUUUAGCUUCAAAGAAUUAAAGAGCCACUUCACAUGUACGUACUUCUGCAUCACUUGAUGGAUUGCCUCCAUCAGAAAUGACCUGCACGUGUGAAUGCACGGUUACAAAACAAUCAUAGCAAACCAGAACUGUCAGCACCACCUCAAAUGCAGGUGUAGGAUCACAUACUCAGCCUCAAGUCAUGACGCGUGUUGAAAAAUUGUGUGCAGGUGUGUAUGAACCAAUAGUGCUAAAAAAUAGUGCUAAAAAAAACACCCAGAAAUUUAAAUGUUGAAGAUAAAAUGUGCAGGAGCGACAAGGCUGUCUAUUAGUGUUAGAGCAUUAAAGAGACUAGAAAAUUCACCAUGAAAACACAUCACAUGAAGAGAGUCUGGAUGGUGGUUCUGGAGAUAUGGGAAAAUGAGAUUAUGCAGUAGAUAGCUAAUUUUGGACAGGAACGCACAGGAACCGAGUUCCGGCUGGCUUCAGAGUUGGCCACGCCUACUC